GGAAGAGUAGCGUUUGCAGCCACGGCUCUUCUGUUAACUUCCAUCUUUCUUCCGGUACUCCCACCGGCGGCUUCAUCUCGCCACCGCCGAUCAUCCCCACCUCCCACUUCCUCUUCUCCCUCUCCCACCGGCGAUGACAGUGGGGCAAAGUUGGAUCAGGCGAUAGCGUUUGGUCUGAUGGUGUUGGCAUUGGCCGUCACCUACAUUGUCCAUUGAUG